AUGUCCGCGCUCUCAGCCCCCUCGUGGCAGCUCACGCUGGGGUUGGCCGAAUCCAGCGGCGCCUUCAUCGGGACAUGCGAUCGGGCGAGCGGCACUUGCUUCAUCGACAUCACCCGAGAACAUCAAGACUGCCGGGCAGACAUCGCCGAAGAUGUAGCCAACUUGUUCAAGCUCGGCCUGCCGCGCGUCUUCAACGUCACCUGCUCCACGGAGCCCGCCAAAGCUUGCCCGUGGGACGGCCACGAGUGCAGCUGGACCAACAGGCCCGUGCAGCGCGCGCACUGCCGCACCAAGAUCCGAGGGAACUGGGAAGGGUUUCCCUUUCUUACGCGCGGCAACAUCGGGUUCCUCGUCGAGGAGAGCGGUGUUUCGAUGGCGAAGCUCAGUUGGCUCGCCAAGAAUGCUGGACGAACUUGA